AUGGAGAUACCAGCAUACUGGGGAGCUACAUUCACACCGACACUGCAUCACAAGGCAGAAGGUCCCACGCUGCCAGAGAAUAACAAUAUAUCUGGCGAUUUCAUUGUGGUUAUCACUGGUGCAGGUAAAGGACUCGGAUACCAUAUCGCAGUUGCGUAUGCUCGUGCUGGAGCUACAGGAAUUACGAUCUCGAGUCGCACUCAACCGGAUCUGGAGGCCCUGGAAAAAGAGCUUUUGAAAAUCAACCCGAACCUCGAGAUCCUUUCACAAGUGAUGGAUGUCUCGAAGCCCGAGCAAGUCAAAGAAUUGGCGAAGCAAGUGCAGCAAAAAUUCCACGGUCGACUCGAUGCGGUCAUCUCCAACGCUGGUGUGAUCAGCAAGCGCGUCCAUGACAUAGACGAGACAACAGGAGAGCGUAUCAACAUUCGUUAUCCUCGCGGCGUCACUGAGGAUGAGGAUUUUGCGUAUGUCGUCAAUGUGAACUUGCUCGGCGGCUAUUACAUCGCAAAAUACCUGACACCGAUCCUGAUUGCGGCUUCGAACCCGAGUCCGCUCAAGGCGUACAUCGCCAUCACGAGUGUCUGUGCCAACAUGAACAACAGCAUGAUGACCACCAUGUCAUAUAAUGUGAGCAAAGCCGCAUUGAACCGUGUGGUGGAGCACAUCCAAAACGACCACGCUGCAGACGGCGUAGUGGCGUUCGCGGUGCACCCAGGAUCUUCGAUGACUUCCCAGGUCGAUGGAUUGAGUGCGGCUGAUGCUGAAAUAAUGAAAAGCUACUUGACCGAUGACAAUGGACUUUGUGGAGGAUUCCUUACCUGGCUGACAAAGGAAAAGAGGGACUGGCUUGGAGGGAGGUUCCUCAGUGCUCAGUGGGAUGUGGAUGAACUAGAUAAGAAAAAAGAGGAGAUUGUCUCAGCGGACAAGCUGAAAGCCAGAUUGCAUUCAACCCUUAACCCUUCGGAUUCAGAACUCAGCACAUACGCGAACGACAUCAUACGGGCAGUCAAGAGUCAGUACGACCGACCAUCGCCCCAACGACCACUGCCUGCGCAGGACAGCUGGCCCCCAUUAGACAGUACUGUUCCUGACUCCCAAGAACACCAUCCUCCACUAGAUGUCGACAGUCAGUUCCGCUUCAUCGAUUCUAUCCCUACUGCGGCAUCUGAUUUCAUCAACACAUCUGCAUCUGCAGUUCCCGCAAGAAUGAGCCAAAUUGAUGAUGCAGCCACUCAACAAUUGUCUCCAUCCCACUUCGAUUCCUACAUUCAGCAAAGUAGAAGCGCAAGGCAACUGCAGGACGCGACUAGAUCUGAUGUCGACAACGAGGAUGGAGUUGAGGUCGACAACGGAAAUGGAGUUGCGGUCGACAACGGGAAUGGAGCUGAUGUCGACAACGACAAUGUGCCUGAUGUUGACAGUGCUAAUGCGCAACGAGAGGAAGAUACCCAGUUUACACUCCACGAGGGUGACGAGGGCCAUAUUGAUAUAAUCUCGACUCUGGAGCAGAGGUUUGGAGGUGCCAACAACCAUGACUCCGAUCCUCUUGCCACCGACUUCUCCCCUACCCAGUCACAAUCCGCACUUUCCCAGUUCCCCGAAUCACAGAGAUUCAAAACGCCUGCCACUGCUGGAAAGAAGAGACGCCACACUGGAGACGUUGUCGAGACACCCCGUCUACCUCGCAAUCCGCUGAGAGAACAAGCUGCUCAAAGAAAUAGUAAUAUAAUGGGCCUCAGCCAGGCGUUCGCCGCCACUCAGGCCAAUACUUCACCAUUCGUCCCAGUCCCCCAGAUCGAUCUUCGAUCCGAUCGACCUUCGCCCAACAUCCAACUGCAGCCACAACCGAUGAUCGUCGGUACUUCUUCUCCGCGAUUGCGCCUGCUGCCAGAUUUUCAACGGGCUUCUACCGAACCUGCUUCACGUUAUGUUCCUGUACAGCAGUCUCAGGCACAAAGGGACAAACAGGCUGCUGCUCAAUUACAGCAAUUUCUGGCCACAUACGAGGAAGAUUUGGAUGAUCCUUUGGUCGAUGAGGACACUCAAAGUAGAAACAGGAGAAGACAAUUCGGAAUUGAUCAACGGGCUCAAGUAGCCUUGAGAGAAGCCUCGUCUCCUUCAAAGCGGCGAAAACGAGGAAGUUCGGCUAUAAAAUCCUCUCCAAACUUGGCUUUCACUCGUUGUUCGCCUGUUCCGAGGUCGUCAGCAAGCCGUGUCAGCGUCCCCAUCGAGUCUAGUCCUCCUAGUCAGAGUGAUAUUGACACCGACAUAAACAGUGACAAUGUUAACGACAGCGAAGUCGAAACCGACCAGGGGGAUGAACCGGUUAUUAUGGUGAACAGAUCCAGUCAAGGAGCCAUCGCUAUGGACGCGGAAGACAAAGAAAAUCUUUCGCAAACGGGGAGUCAAGUACCAGAGACCACGGCAAGACUCUAUCAAAUCACCAACCAGUCACUAUCUCUCCUGCAAGAAAGUCCCUCUAUGAGGCGAUCACAUCGAUACACUAUCAGCUCCCGCGCGAUAUUAAAUAGUUCAGAGCCAAUCGCAGUGGCCAACUCUCAACCGUCUCAACCUCAAAAACAGCACCCGACAAUUUCGAUCGUCUCACAAUUCGCCACAAGUCAAGGUAUUGAAUUUGUACCACAGUCACCGACAAAGUCUCCACCACGCACGCCGGAGGCGCGAUCCCCAAUGUCAAAAGACCCUUCUGGGAGAGAUGAUGACGCUAGAUCUGUGUCAGACAGAGUAUCUAUUACCGCUAAAUCUUCUGACAAGGCCAAGCCUACGAAAGAGAAUUUCAACAGCACCAUUCCAGAGACCAGUUCAAAUGAAGAGGAUAUCCGAGAGAAUCCUGAUCAAAACAUCGGACCUCACAAUACUGAGGAGACCAGUACGAACACGCAUUUUGAAACUGCAGUUUCUCAUGUUCCAAUUUCUGUCAACAACGAGAUUCCUUCUAGUUCAUCAAACCCGUGUAGUUCACCUCUGAAUACUACUUCAGUAGCGCAUAAGAGGAAACGCAUGAACGAGAUUGCGGCUGAGCACUCUCCCCGCAAGUCUCAAUCUCAGUCACAGAGUUUCAAUGCCAGCCAGGCUCUCCAGAUUGAGACAGAGCUUCAAGAUGACCAUUCUCUUGAGCUCAGCCACGUGCUUUCAGAUGGGAUCGCCAUAAAUCUCACGAGUGUGGCCGGCAGUUCACCUAGGAAUAAGCAAAAGGAAAUCGAAGUGCCCCAUGAUAUCUUGAAUAGGCGGCUACUGAAAUCACCAUCCCAUCAUGAUUCUAGCUCUCCGCUUUCAGAGCCCCCUUCUGAGCUAGAUGAUUCGGACUCACUUAAUAAACCUGUGGCGACUCCGUUACUGCCGUCCGCCAGAAUCAGGAAACCUUCAGCUAGAGCACUAAGUGCGCUAAAGGACAAUGCUCGAACAAAAAUCCAGAUGCCACUGUCGAGAAAAUGGGAUAUUGAUGUGUCUCCUCCUCAAAAGCGAGUGCCGGUCAUGAAAGCCCCAACUCCAACGCCCAUCCUCAUGAGCAAGGCUGAGGCUUCGAGCAAAACAAAGCAGAAGGUUCGAAAACGUGUCAAGCUGACAAAAGUGGAUCAGACACCCCAUUCGCCAGCGAAUGACCCAGGCGCUACAGGACAUGAUACAACCUCAGAACAAGUAUUAGAGGUUGCUCUCGCUCAACCCCUAUCAGUGACCCCAUCAACGAACGAUGAAAUAAUAGUCCCCAACAUGGUUUUUGCCUGUUAUUAUGGUGGCAAUGUUCGGGCUUACUAUCCUGGCUUGUGUCUUGGUCUUUCGGGUGGCGAGAGUAAACGGUUCUUGAUCAAGUGGCCUGGAUAUGACGCACCAAACGAUGUAUCGGAGGUUGAUGAGCAUGGUAUUCGAAGUUUCGACUUACGAGUUGGAGACCUCGUCAAAGUUGAGAAGAAAGGAUUUCCCAAGGUGGCACACGUUGUCACAGGCUUCAAAGACAAGCUUACCCCAGACAUACUUGCGGCUGAUGCGUCCACUGUCACUGAUGUCCGAGGCUAUAAGACUGUUUUAGUGGCACCCAAACAGCGGAAGAGUCUCCCAUCAAAGACAUCACCUGGGUCGGUGAAAGAGGUGCCAAUUUCGGACAUCUACUUAGACAGCAACAUGUGGGGACACAUGAAAGAUCGACCGUUCGAGUUUCAGCUGGAGACUUAUGGUAAAGCCUCGCAACGCUUUUUCACUCCAAUCCAACCAGUAUCCACUCCUAGCACACCAACUUCCCGAAGUCGACGUACGAAAGCAAGUGGCACUGCUCCUGCGAUUUCGACAUUGAUACCUUCAAGCUCUCCUAGUGGACUGUUUGCAAACAUGGUUUUCGCCAUAUCGUAUCAAUCAAUCGAAGAGUGGGAAAUCCGAACCACCGCUUUGACAGCGUUGGUGGAGAAAAACGGUGGACAUAUUCUGAAAGAAUCCUGGGAAGAUCUGUUCGAGCCUAAUAGUCUGACUCUAAAACCUCGAUUUGCUAGUUAUAAGUUUGCUGCGUUAUUAAGCGAUCAGCAUUCACGAAAACCCAAAUAUAUGCAAGCUUUGGCACUGGGCAUUCCCUGCUUGAGUACCAGAUGGGUUGAUGCAUGUAUCAAGGCAAGGGAACUGGUUGAUUGGACUUUUUAUCUACUCCCUGCGGGUGAAAGCUCCGAGCUCAAUGAAGCCGUCAGAUCCCGGAUACUGCCAUACUUGACAGAUCCUAUCUCCAUCACAGUGAGUCAGAUGAUCAGUUCGCGACCACAGAUCUUUGCCGGUAUCCAAGCUGUUGCAGUCAUACCAAAAGGCAAGCUAGGGGAUAAACUCCGACCCUUUCGUUUUCUGCUCCAAGCAUCAGGAGCAGCAACGAUCAAGGAGGAGGCAAAGUUGGAAGCAGCAAGAGAGCUAUUGGAUUCCAUGGGUGGCAUCGAUCAAGAAGGUGGUAUAUCGAGAGUACUUCUCGUCAAAGACACACAGCUUGAAAGCGCGAGAGAGACGAUGAUGCCUGACAAUGCCAGUAAGGCUGAGACAGACUCCGACAAGGAGGAAUUGACCAAAAGCACAACGAACUCAGAAGCACCGACACCCGCUCUACAUGGGGGUAUCAUAGUCGUGGGCAAAGAUUUCAUCGUGCAGAGCUUGAUCCUUGGGAAGCUGGUGCUGUCUUGA